AUGACGCACCAUUUACCGCGUGACCACAUGUACAAUUUCUAUGCCCCGCUUCUGCCGCUGAUGUCCCUGCCGCUGCUGUCUGCCACGAAGCCCAAGCCAUCUAAGGGAGCCAUGCGGAGCAAGCCUUCGCCCUCCCUGUCGAAGAGCGUGUCCUUCUCAGACAUGCGCUUGCUGAAGCAAAGGCGCGUUGAAAUGUUGGCCUCCGUGGCAGUGCAGUCCUUCUCUCAGAGUUCUGAGCUGCAGCCUCUGGAGUUCAACCCAUUUCUGGACCAGUGUCUGCUUGGCGGCCUUCUGGAAGUUGGACGGCCUGGGUAUGCCGCGGAGCACCGAGCUGCCGCUGAAGGAUCAGUUUUCGACCCAGCGGGCUUGUUGGAGGAGGACGAGGUCUUUGAGAAGGGCCUCUUUGACAUGUCGAUCAACAACGGCCGACUGGGUUUGCUGGCUGCCGCCAUUACCGGAGCAGAGCCUGAGGAGGAAUUCGAUGAGGAGGAGCUCCUUAUGAGCCUCUGGUACUUGAAGAAGCGGCGGGGCUAUCACAGCUUUCCCACGCACGUCAAGGGCCGUCGCUACUUCCCGAUUCCCCGGCCAGCUUGUGUGCGGCUCUGA